AUGGCAUCCAGAAAGAAAGUUUUAUUAAAAGUUAUUAUAUUAGGAGAUUCAGGUGUAGGAAAAACCUCAAUUAUGAACCAGUAUGUAAACAACAAGUUUUCUAAUCAGUAUAAGGCAACAAUUGGUGCUGAUUUUUUAACAAGAGAUGUCGAUGUCGGUGAUAGAAGAGUUACAAUGCAGAUUUGGGACACUGCUGGACAAGAAAGAUUUCAAUCAUUGGGAGUAGCUUUUUACAGAGGAGCAGAUUGUUGUGUUUUGGUAUUCGAUGUAUCUGCGCCAACAACUUACAAAUCAUUAGAAAAUUGGAGAGAUGAAUUUUUGAUUCAGGCAUCGCCUAGGGAUCCUGAUAAUUUUCCAUUUGUCGUUAUCGGAAAUAAAAUUGAUGUUGAAAACAGAUCGGUAUCAACAAAGAGAGCUCAACAGUGGUGUCAAUCAAAGAAUAACAUUCCAUAUUUUGAAACAAGUGCUAAAGAAGGUAUCAAUAUAGAACAAGCUUUUCAAACGAUUGCAAAAAAUGCUUUAGCUCAGGAAUCGGAAGUAGAACUAUACAAUGAAUUUCCUGAUCAAAUAAAAUUGUCCGGAGAUAACAGGGAAUCCAAAGGAGGGUCAUGCUCGUGCUGA